CAGCAGGUUCUUCCGGUGUCGCGACCUGAGCUCGCUGACGCUUUUCUUCUCGACAUGGCCGCCUCGGCAGUGAGACGCGGAUUGACGCUGGCUCCGCCGGUUGCUUUUAUCCGUAGAAUUCCUUGGACCGCGGCGUCGAGUGAGCUGAGAGCACACUUUGCUCAAUUUGGCCAUAUACGAAAAUGUACUGUACCUUUUGACAGAGAGACUGGCUUUCAUAAAGGUAUAGGUUGGGUCCAAUUUUCUUCACAAGAAGAACUUCAGAAUGCACUACAGCAAGAAAAUCAUAUUAUUGAUGGAGUAAAGCUCCAGGUUCUAGCUCAGAGACCCAAGGUUUUGGAAGGGGAUCAAACAUCUGAUGAAGAGUAAGAUUGCUGAGAUGAUUACUGUACUACCCACUAAAUAAAUGUAACUGAGCAUUUGUCUAAAUGUUUUUUAUUUGAAACAAAGAGUCACACUAAACAAGACUUUCCCUUCUCUAAUCCAAAAUAAAACAAGACAAUAGGACACA